CUGGGGACUGUAGUAAGACAGGUGCCCUCAGUUCACUCUCAGUAAGGGGCUGGUUGCCUGCAUGAGUGUGUGCUGUGUGUCAGAGUGGAUUGGAGUUGAAAAAGCUUGACUGGCGUCAUUCAGGAGCUGGAUGGCUUGGGACAUGUGCAGCCAAGACUCUGUAUGGAGUGAUAUAGAGUGUGCUGCUCUGGUUGGUGAGGACCAGCCUCUUUGCCCAGAUCUUCCUGAACUUGACCUUUCUGAACUUGAUGUAAAUGACUUGGACACAGACAGCUUUCUGGGUGGACUGAAGUGGUGCAGCGACCAAUCAGAAAUCAUAUCCAACCAGUACAACAAUGAGCCUGCGAACAUAUUUGAGAAGAUAGAUGAAGAGAAUGAAGCAAACCUGUUAGCGGUCCUCACUGAGACACUGGACAGUCUCCCUGUGGAUGAAGAUGGAUUGCCCUCAUUUGAUGCACUGACAGAUGGAGACGUGACCACCGACAACGAGGCCAGUCCUUCCUCCAUGCCUGACGGCACCCCUCCACCUCAGGAGGCAGAAGAGCCGUCUCUACUUAAGAAGCUCUUGCUGGCACCGGCCAACACUCAGCUCAGCUACAAUGAAUGCAGCGGUCUUAGCACUCAGAACCAUGCAAACCACAAUCACAGGAUCAGAACCAACUCUGCAGUUGUUAAGACCGAGAAUUCAUGGGGCAAUAAAGCAAAGAGCAUUUGUCAACAGCAAAAGCCACAAAGACGUCCCUGCUCAGAGCUUCUCAAGUAUCUGACCACAAACGAUGACCCUCCUCACACCAAACCCACAGAGAACAGGAACAGCAGCAGAGACAAAUGCGCUUCCAAAAAGAAGUCCCAUACACAGUCGCAGUCGCAACAUGCUCAAGCCAAACCAACAACUUUAUCUCUUCCUCUGACCCCAGAGUCACCAAAUGACCCCAAGGGUUCCCCAUUUGAGAACAAGACUAUUGAGCGAACCUUAAGUGUGGAACUCUCUGGAACUGCAGGCCUAACUCCACCCACGACUCCUCCUCAUAAGGCCAAUCAAGAUAAUCCUUUCAAGGCUUCUCCAAAGCUGAAGCCCUCUUGCAAGACCGUGGGGGUGCCACCGCCAACAAAGAGGGCCCGGUACAGCGAUUGUUCCGGUACCGAAGGCAGCCACUCCACCAAGAAAGGGCCAGAGCAAUCCGAGUUGUACGCCCAACUCAGCAAGUCCACCGUGCUCAGCCGGGGACACGACGAAAGGAAGACCAAACGGCCCAGUCUGCGGCUGUUCGGUGACCAUGACUAUUGUCAGUCUGUCAAUUCCAAAACGGAUAUACUCAUUAACAUAUCACAGGAGCUCCAAGACUCUAGACAACUAGACUACAAAGAUGCCUCCUGUGACUGGCAGGGGCACUUUUGUUCUUCCGUAGAUUCAGGCCAGUGCUACCUGAGAGAGACCUUGGAGGCCAGCAAGCAGGUCUCUCCUUGCAGCACCAGAAAACAGCUCCAAGACCAGGAAAUCCGAGCUGAGCUCAACAAGCACUUCGGCCAUCCCAGUCAAGCUGUUUUUGAUGUCGAAGCAGACAAGACCAGUGAACUAAAGGAUGGCGACUUCAGUAAUGAACAAUUCUCCAAACUACCUGUGUUUAUAAAUUCAGGACUAGCCAUGGAUGGCCUAUUCGAUGACAGUGAAGAUGAAAGUGAUAAACUGAGCUACCCUUGGGAUGGCACACAGUCCUAUUCAUUGUUCGAUGUGUCGCCUUCCUGCUCUUCUUUUAACUCUCCUUGUCGGGAUUCAGUGUCACCACCCAAAUCCUUAUUUUCUCAAAGACCCCAAAGGAUGCACUCUCGUUCAAGAUCCUUUUCCCGACACAGGUCGUGUUCCCGAUCACCAUAUUCCAGGUCAAGAUCAAGGUCCCCAGGCAGUAGAUCCUCUUCAAGAUCCUGCUUCUACUAUGACUCAAGCCACUACAGGCACCGCACACACCGAAAUUCUCCCUUGUAUGUGAGAUCACGUUCAAGGUCACCCUACAGCCGUCGGCCCAGGUAUGACAGCUACGAAGCAUAUCAGCAUGAAAGGCUGAAGAGGGACGAGCACCGUAAAGAGUAUGAGAAGCGGGAAUCUGAGAGGGCCAAGCAGAGGGAGAGGCAGAAGCAGAAAGCAAUUGAAGAACACCGUGUGAUUUACGUCGGUAAAAUCAGAUCUGACACAACGCGGACAGAACUGAGAGACCGCUUUGAGGUUUUUGGUGAAAUUGAGGAAUGCACAGUAAAUCUUCAGGAUGAUGGAGACAGCUAUGGUUUCAUCACCUACCGUUACACCUGUGACGCUUUUGCGGCUCUUGAGAAUGGAUAUACCUUACGCAGGUCAAAUGAAACUGACUUUGAGCUGUACUUUUGUGGACGGAAGCAAUUUUUCAAGUCUAACUAUGCAGACCUAGAUUCAAACUCAGAUGACUUUGAUCCUGCUUCCACCAAGAGCAAGUAUGACUCUCUGGAUUUUGAUAGUUUACUAAAGGAAGCUCAGAGAAGCUUGCGCAGGUAACAAGUUCCCUGACUGAGGAUGACAGAGAGAUUGGUCAAUACCUCACGGGACGGUGCGUCCUUUCCCAAGACUCUUGCAAGUCAUACUUAGGAAUCUCUCCUACUUUACACUCUCUGUACAAAAAUAAAGCAAAACAGCAACAACAACAACAACAACCAUACCAGAACAAGAACAGCAACAACAACGGUUUACAUGAACACAGCUGCUGAAGAGGCGAGAGAUGAAGUGAUAGUCCAGUAAGCAUAUGUUUAUUCACGGGUGUCAGCUUUGCUUUCCCUGGAGGCUCUUGGUGACAGUGUGUGUGUGUGUGUGUGUGUGUGUGUGUGUGUGUGUGUGUGUGUGUGUACUCGUAUGGGAAGUACACGUGUGUACAUGUGAUGACUUGGGGGCAUCUUACCAGAAUGAACAAGGGCAAACCCCUUCAAAUGGCAGCAUUUCCAUGAAGACACACUUAAAACCUACACCUUCAAAAUGUUCAUAAUCUAUACAAAAGAAAAAUAAAUAUAUAUAUAAAUUCAAAGGAAAGAAAACUCACUAACCGCCCUAAAAUGAAACUGCUGAUGUCUGCCGUCAGCCUCCGGUACUGUCUUUUCAGAAAGUGCACAGCCAACUUGAAGCAAGCUCUCUCUCUCUCUCUCUCUCUCUCUCUCUCUCUCUCUCUCUCUCUCUCUC